ACAGGAGGCCUUUCUGGGGAAGAUACAGUUCUGAGAGCGUUGGAGGGAUCCAUUGGCAGAUCUGUCCUCUAGACACUGCUACUGCCAUGUAUCAUGGUGAUUAAAAGCCCAGAUUAUAGCCAGGCUGCCUGGUUUCAAAUCUUCACUCCAUCAUGUGAUUGCUGUGUGCCCUUGGGCAAAUGGCUUAACUUCUCUGGGCCUGGUAAUUGCUGUAUGAGCAGUAUGUGAUGAUAAUGUCGAAUGACGACUAUAAUGCUAGAAAUCAUCCCUCUGAGACAUCCCUUAUAUAAGGCGAACAUAGAAAAGGGGUCAGGUCUGAGAUCUCAGAGAAAACACCCAUCACCACCAACAUCGAGAUGCCUGCCCUAAGUGACCUGGUUUGCAGGCCUGUUACAGGAAAGGCUCCAUCACAUGCAUGGGGGUAGGGGUCAAAAAGAAUUGUGCUGGCUUUCCCAUCUCUCUCUUUUUGCCCUUGUUUAUGCUUCAUCUCUCGUCUUCUAUGUCUGUCUCACUCACAUUCUUCCUCGUCUCCACCUCUUCUCCCCAUCCUCGGUGUCUAACCUCUUCCUCAGCCUUUUCAUCAAUGCGAGCAGCUUGCCAGUAUCUCCUCCCCCGCUCCUUGUUAGGGGGAACACGCAUGCGCCUUCAGCGCCCCUCCCUCUCCAUCCCCAUCCCCCUUCGGCGUCUGGGCCUCGUUCCCUUCUCUCUCUCUCUUUCUCUCUCCCUCUCCCUUUCUCUCUCUCCCUUCCUCUCACCCACCACUUCCCCCGAUACUGACACCCUGUUAUUCCAGUCCCCUCAGUCUCAGCUUUGGUCUCCAGCCCCAUCUGCCCAAGCUCACCUCUGCCUCCAGGAUUUGCCUGAGGGCCGCCCCCAACUCUGCACUUGCCCCCCGGGGCCCACUGAGGACCAUGACUAAGACAGAUCCAGCCCCAAUGGCCCCACCGCUCCGGGGGGAGGAAGAGGAGGAGGAAGAGGAGGAUGAGCCUGUUCCGGAGGCCCCCAGCCCCACCCAAGAGCGCCGGCAGAAGCCUGUUGUGCACCCCUCGGCACCUGCCCCCCUGCCCAAGGACUACGCCUUCACCUUCUUUGAUCCCAAUGACCCGGCGUGCCAGGAGAUUCUGUUUGACCCACAGACCACUGUCCCUGAGCUGUUCGCCAUUGUGCGCCAGUGGGUGCCCCAAGUCCAGCACAAAAUUGAUGUCAUCGGCAAUGAGAUUCUGCGUCGAGGCUGCCAUGUGAAUGAUCGUGAUGGGCUGACCGACAUGACAUUGCUCCAUUAUGCAUGCAAGGCUGGGGCCCACGGAGUCGGGGACCCCGCAGCGGCAGUGCGCCUGUCACAGCAGCUGCUGGCGCUGGGCGCUGAUGUGACCCUGCGCAGCCGCUGGACCAACAUGAACGCGCUGCACUACGCAGCCUAUUUUGAUGUGCCCGACCUUGUGCGUGUGCUGCUGAAGGGCACACGGCCUCGAGUGGUGAACUCUACAUGCAGUGACUUCAACCACGGCUCAGCCCUGCACAUUGCUGCCUCCAACCUGUGCCUGGGUGCAGCCAAAUGUUUGCUGGAGCACGGUGCCAACCCAGCGCUUCGGAACCGAAAGGGACAGGUGCCAGCGGAGGUGGUCCCAGAUCCCAUGGACAUGUCCUUGGACAAGGCGGAGGCGGCGCUGGUGGCCAAGGAGCUACGAACGCUGCUGGAGGAAGCUGUGCCACUCUCCUGUGCCCUCCCCAAGGUCACGCUACCCAACUAUGACAACGUCCCGGGCAAUCUCAUGCUCAGCGCACUGGGCCUGCGCCUGGGAGACCGUGUGCUGCUGGAUGGCCAGAAGACAGGCACACUGCGGUUCUGUGGGACCACGGAGUUCGCCAGUGGCCAAUGGGUGGGCGUGGAGCUGGAUGAACCUGAGGGCAAGAAUGAUGGCAGUGUUGGGGGUGUCCGGUAUUUCAUCUGCCCUCCCAAGCAGGGUCUCUUUGCAUCUGUGUCCAAGAUCUCUAAGGCAGUAGAUGCACCUCCUUCAUCUGUCACCUCCACACCUCGGACUCCCCGGAUGGAUUUUUCCCGUGUCACUGGCAAGGGCCGCAGGGAACACAAAGGCAAGAAGAAACCCCCGUCAUCCCCAUCUCUGGGUAGCCUGCAGCAGCGUGAGGGAGCCAAGGCUGAGGUUGGAGACCAAGUCCUUGUAGCAGGCCAGAAGCAAGGGGUUGUGCGCUUCUAUGGGAAGACAGACUUUGCCCCAGGUUACUGGUACGGCAUUGAGCUAGACCAGCCCACGGGCAAGCAUGAUGGCUCUGUCUUCGGUGUCCGGUACUUCACCUGCCCCUCAAGACAUGGAGUCUUUGCACCAGCAUCGCGAAUUCAGAGGAUUGGUGGAUCCACUGACCCCCCUGGGGACAAUGUUGGAGCCAAAAAAGUACAUCAAGUGACAAUGACGCAACCCAAACGCACCUUCACGACAGUCCGGACCCCGAAGGACAUCGCAUCAGAGAACUCAAUCUCCAGAUUGCUCUUCUGCUGCUGGUUUCCCUGGAUGCUGAGGGCGGAGAUGCAGUCUUAGAGGCCCUGGACACCCGUCAGAGACACAGCCCCCUCUAGCAACUCCUGACGCAAGAAGCCCCCAAGUCACCCUGAAAUAGAUAUCCCUAGUAACACAUCCAGAAUAGAGACCCCCAUUAGCCAGCCCUUAAUCACUGAGGCCCCAUUAUUAACAGAUUCCCCCAUGAGAACCCCCCAAAUACAGACCCCAUGUUCCCCAGAGAUUCCCAGAGUGUAGCACCUUCAGGUUAGUCCCUAUUCUCAACCCCUCAGAGCAGAGCCCCAUUAACAGAUUUCCCCAUCACCCUAAAUGAAGGUGACCUUCUCCACAUCAGUGGAUCAUAACCCUCCCUCAUUAAAAAAAAACCCCCUCCCAUCAGGUCACACCUCCAGAGCAACAGAGUUACAAACCUUUAUGUCACUAUCCCACAUUUAACGACAAUUUCCUCAAGAUGUUGUGAUCCCCCAUGGUCACCCAAAAAUCUUAAUACUGCAAUCAGAGACCCCCUCCAUUAACAAAGACCUCCUGUUGAGGGGUAACCUAAGAAGAGACUCACAUUAACCAGCCCACCGUCACCUCCAAUUUACGGACACCAAAACAGUCCUGGAAAUGCUAAUUACAGGACCCCCAAGUCUUCCUACCCUCUGCACCCUCAAGAAACCCCCAGUGCCUUGUAUGAAGCCCAUCCUACAUGGCCCACAGCCCAUGUGCUGGCCAGGUUCCCAGAAAAUUCUCUAUUUUUUAAGUAAUAACUUCCCCCUUUGGGGAACCCCAAAAUAUGGAGCCCCUUUCUGAGACUGGGUAAUCCCAAAUCCCAGGGUACAUGUCCCAAACUUCCCUGAGACCCCAAAUCCUAUAGCCCCUAGAAGACCCCAAAGCCCUAAUUCCCAGGGCCCCCAAGCCAUGGAAUUCUCAAUUCCCCAGGGAAUCCCAAAUUUAAAAUUCCAAUCCCAAGCCCCCAGGAAACCUGAGUGACAGAGGUCCUUGUUCCUGGGAUGGAGGAGACUGCAGUUAGGACAUGCAUCCCGGGCUCCUACAGCAUCUCCAGCCCUAGGAGACCCUAAACAGGAAGGCCCAUCCCUGGAAACCGGAGGACCUCAAUGCCCUGAGUCACGGAUCUUGAGACACCCAAAUUCCAAGAGCCCAGCCCCAAGGGAACCCCAAAUCCUAAAGCCUCUAUCUCUAAUACACAUAGGACCCCAAGGCCUUGAGGGGGAUCCCAAAUCCUGGAGGCCCCGUUUUAAUCUACGUUCUGGUCACAGGUCCAAAACACCAAAUCUGAGUCACUAGCCCCAAAGGACUUCACAUCACUCUGGCCAGACCAACGGCCUGAGGGAGACCUUGAAGGCCCCGGAAGUCCAGGGCAGACCUGGGGCCCGGACUACCAAGGACAGCUCACGACUGCCCCUUCACUGCAUGUCCCUGAACUCAGCAUGAUCCCUGCGCCCUUCAAUAAAGACGUUUCUAUGGCUUCUCUGUGUCGGGCCGGUGUUUGAGGAGUUAUGUCCCUGCCUCCAUACUCUUGCUGGGGGAGGAUGGGAGAGGAAGUCCUUUCCUCAGUCUCGCCUCCCGGCAGCAUGAGUAUCAGAUCGUCUAGCCUGCGGGAAAUCCAACAGUCUGGUCUCCUUCCUGCAGUUGCCACGGCUGCCCCUUCCCAUCUGGGCUCCCGCUC